GUACUGUCAAUCAGUGGAUGUGCUAUGUGCGCUCCAGACAGAUAUGAAGGCAUAGUCCCUAUCCUGAGAAGCUGGCACUGAACACAGAGACAGAAGAACACAGAGAGGGGGAGAAGAAAUAGAGAGAGAGGCUGCUCCAGUGGCACAGGAACGGCUGAGGUCCAAGUUCAACUGCACAGUUAGUGAAGUUACUGUCAUGAACCUGCAGCCUGAAAAAAACCCUAUCCUAAUCUUGCCAGAUGGAAAGAAGAGGAGUGAGCCUAGAGCCCCUAGUUUUCAUCCUCCUCCUCCCAGCACUGUAGAAAUUAAGUCAAGCAAAGGGGAGACAAAGCUCUGGGCUGAGAAGCUAACAAAAGAGGGGUCUACUUCUCCAAGCCUACUUCAUGCAGGUGAUGCAAGCAGCCUGGAGAACCUACCCCUGAAAAGGCCGGUGAAGUUGGCUCCCCUGGAGAUCCCCCUGGAAGUUAAAGAAGCCCAGCUCCAGAAGAUUAUGAGCAUCCAGGCAGAAGCUCAGCUGGCUGCUCAGAAGCUGGCCAGCGUCGGUUCCAUCAACAGUGAGCCUCAUGUGAAAAGGGUCAAAAAUCUAGCCCAGAUGGAACUGGAGAACCUGCAUAAGAUAAAGCUGAGUGAGAAGGCAACUCUAGAAUACAGGAAUGAGCCCCUUUCAUCUAAAGGCACCAAGGCCUUGUGUGAAGUCCAAAUUAUCUUGUCCACAGAGGCAAGCUCCCAGCUGGAUAAAAAAUCAGCCAUCAAAGAUGCCCCAGUGACAUUCUGUACGUCAUUAAUCCCCAAAGCCAAGUGCAACAGCCUCCAAGCACCUGGACUGCAUGAGGACACAAAAGUUCCUGAUGGCCACAGCCCUAACCCCGACACUGCCCGGCGCCGCUUUAGACUGAGGCAGAUGAAAGAGCAACAGGAAGAGCUCAGCAAAGCCAAGCCCUUAAAGGCCACGAGACUGAGCACAGAGGAGGUGAAGCAGCAAACUGCAUGUCAACGAACGCAAAAAACCCUCAGCGAUGCAAGCAAGCUCCUCGAGAACAUGGCCAAAAAGCACCGGGGGCGGGGCGCUGGCCAAGACGAGGCAGACGAAGUCCUCAUUGUGAGGAGACCGUCUACACGAAGGAUGGCAUUAGGGGACAUCAUUCAGGUGGAAGAAGAUUGAACGUGCUGCCCAACUUCCUCCCUGAUGCUGCUCCAUAUUAAGUCCAAAUCUGCAAAGCACCAGAACAUUAGACACAGGCACACCUGCCCAAUUAAUGACAUUAGAGCUGGAUCUUUCAAUAGUCCACCUGCCAAGCUGCUAAUGCUACCAUCUUAUAAAGCAACAA